AUGGAAGAUGUAUACCAGAACUCCCUCUUUGAAGACAACAUCCACAUAUGGUUACGAUAUGUGGAUGAUGUCUUCCUCAUCUGGGAAGGCUCGGAGCAUGAUUUGAAAGAAUUUGUUAAUUCUUUAAAUAACAAUAAGAGUAACAUCUCACUUACCUUACAGUUUAGUAAGGAAGAAAUAUCCUUUUUGGAUAUAAACGUGAAGAUCAAAGAUGGCUAUCUGGUGACAGAAAAUUAUCGCAAAAGCACGGUCACCAAUAGCCUACUCCACGCUUCAAGAACCCCUGUGAUGACAGUUACGGCAACUGAUGCUGAUGAUGCUAUAGAUUCUUACAAUGGUGUGGUUUCUUAUUCUAUCAUUGACCAAAAUCCAAAGGAACCUAGCAACCAGAUGUUCACGAUUAAUGCAGAUACUGGACUUAUCACUGUGGCUGCAACUGUGCUAGACUACAAGAAAUAUCCUGAGUACACUCUGGACAUCAAAGCUACAGAUUUGCAGGGUGCAGGGCUUGGAGCUACUGUAAAAGCUGUGAUCAAAAUUACAGAUCCUAAUGACGAGCCAGAAACGGAUAUGUCAGGGGGGACAGAGAGCACACUGACCACUCAUGUCCUAAACACAGCUCAGGGGAUACCUGCUAAAGAUUUAACCCUCACUCUGUCUAAACUAAAUGCUGCCACAGGAAAGUGGGUUCAAUUAAGCAGAAGUAUCACUAAUGAGGACGGACGCUGCCCAGCAAUUCUGCGGGGAGAGCCCAUCACUGCUGGAACCUAUCAACUACGCUUUGAGACUGAGGAGUACUGGAAAAAGAUGCAGCAAGAGAGCUUCUAUCCGUAUGUGGAGAUUGCGUUUACUAUUAAAGACCCAAAGCAAAAAUACCACAUCCCUCUGUUGCUGAGUCCGUUCUCUUACACCACCUACAGGGGAAGCUAGAGAGCAGCACAUCGUUUCAACUUUUUUAUUUUUCAGUUCCAUAUCUGGCUUCUGAAAACUUUUGCUUGUCAGAAUAUUAAACCAUGUUAUUUUCUGGAUCCCAGCUCAGUUGUGCAGAAUGUUGCAAAAAGCAAUCAAGGUCAAGAUGCCACUGGGGUUUUUAAUAAUUUUCUGAAGCACUGAUCACUCUUCUCACAAACAUCAGGCUGUUAUACUGGGGGUUCUGGGUAAUCCAAUAAUAAAUAUAAUUUUGUGAGUUACUAACAAAAAAAAACUACUUGUGUUGCAACACUGAUUGCAAUUUAUAAACAAGUUUGUAACGUUCCAUUUGUAAAAUUGCAGACAUAAAUAAAAUUCUUUAAAAACCAAACAA